AUGCUCCACAAGGGUCAAUGGACUAAAGAAUGGCGUGCUCCGGACAUCGGAGGAAGUCGAGAUUUCCUCUGGGCCAGAGCGGCGAAUAGUGUUUGCGCGCAUCACAAAAGUGUUCCGAUUACCAACGGUCCUUUGUUCUCCAGUAACGUGGACAUUCGACAGCAGAAUACAUCUGCCUCGAGAGCGAAGUUACUCCUCGUCGCGAACGACGAUCUCGUGACACCCUCGUCGCAACGACAGCCCGUUCGCUUCGUCGGCAGCAUGGGGCUUCGCCAGGACCCUUCGCCCACGGCGAAAAAGUCGAAUGCGCUGCCAUUCGGACAAGAUGUUGCUCUGAGCCAUCUUGCAGGCCCGACAUAUCUUACUGCACAGACAUUAGUGCAGCAGGUCGCCUACGCGCUCUCGGACAACUGCUUCGCUUACUCGCCGCCCUCCUUCGACCUCGACGCAGCCGCCCGAUCCUGGCACGAUGCUGGAGAGAAGAAUGCCUACAACGCCAUCACAGGCUUGCAUAGCCUGCAGACGCGAAGCGGCGCGGGCAGUAUCGCGCUGGGAUACAUGUUUAGUCCCGACUUCGACUUGAGCAGGAGACGCGUUCCACAAUCCAUUGUCGCUAGCACUGGCAGUUUGAACCAGCUUCGCCCCCAGCUGGACCAGUUGAGCCUGCUCUACGAUGUUGCCAAUCCGACUGCGCUUCAAAUUGCUGCAGUCGAUUAUGCUGCAAACACAAAAAGUGGUCUGGUGGCCGACUACGCCACGACUCUGACACUUUCUGAAGAGCUGGGUCUGGGUUUGGUGACUAGCAGGAGUGCAUUUGAGGUGCAACACAUGGCUUUGUUCUCCACGCUGCUCGCCUCCAUCCUGCCAACCAUCCACACCUACGAUGGCAUCACUGUGGGCCGUGAGACAACUCGUGUCAUCGAUGUGUUGAACGUGUCGAGCUUGAAGCGGACCUACGACACCGUACUUCAGAACACCCAGGAGGACAGGCAAUCCAAGCGAUUGACGAACGAAGGCAAGCUUUUGAAGCUCCUGAAUGCGUUCAAUGCCGAGCUGGGCACCGAGUACAAAGCAUUUGAGUAUCACGGACACCCACAGCCGGACAGCGUGACAGUCGUUUUCGGUACUGUUGAGGCAAGCGUCGCUGCACAGGUCGCCGAAGCCCUGGCAGAGCAAGGCGUCAAGGUUGGAGUGAUCAAUGUGCGCGUUUAUCGGCCCUUUGUCGAGGACGAGUUCAUUGCCACUCUGCCUCCCACCGCACAGCAUGUUACAGUCCUUGGACAGGUUCAAGAUCAGGCGUCGGCUCUUGACCCCAGCGUUACCAGUAACCUGUACGCCGAUGUUCUUGCCGCUGUCAACUUCCAGAGCAUGACUUCUGGAACAUCUCCAAGUGUCUAUAAUGUGAAGUACGCGCGCGAGACAGUCUGGACGAUCGCCAAGAUGGACGCCAUCUUGCAGCAGGCCAACUCUAAGGGCGAGUGCCAGGUCUCCAUCCUGACCCUCGGCGACAAAGACGCCAAGCAAUACACAUUCUGGGAUGUGGACUCGAGCAGCAGCGCUAGUGCUCCCGUCAUGCUUGGUCAACUGCUUGCCGAUGACAGUGCACUCAAUGUUUCAGUUCGCUCUGGUCACGAUAAUCUGGUGCAAGGUGGUGCUCUCCGGACCGAUGUGCGCACGUCAUCGCGAAGCAUCGAAAGCGCGUACAGUAUCAAGAGCGCCGAUGUGGUAGUCGUCGGCAGCGAGAAACUCUUCAAAGACUUUGCCGUCAUUGAUAGCGUCAAGCCAGAAGGCACAGUGCUUCUCAAAUCGCCUGGCUGGAAGGAUGAGGACCUGGAGAAGAAGCUGGGUCCUUCGCUUCGCAAGGCCAUUGCGACCAAGCAGCUUGCUCUAUGGAUCCUUGAUCCAGCGGCCAUUUCCAAGGUGGAAGAAAAUCCUGAGCUUGAAGCUUAUCUCUUACAACUGGCAUUCCUCAAGCUCUCGAAGCCAGAGCUCUACGCAGCGGGCUCGAAGAAACUGCAAGUUGCUGGCGACGCUCUCGAGGUGUUGGUCGAACAGCUAGAUCAAUCCUUGAAGAAGGCCGAGAUUCCUGAGAGCUGGCUGACGAUCGAGCCUGAGGAGAACGAAUCACUGCCUGUCGCAGAAGAUCUUCAAAUCAACAGUUUCGCGCCAUUUGAAAGGACCGAAGAGGAACCUCCUUCGCUUCUCAAAGACUGGAAGAUCGCUGCCAAGGGCUUAGCUUUCAAGGAAGCAUAUGGCACCAAGACCGCACUCCGACCUGAUGUUGGCGUCAAGACGGCAAUUGUGCACAUCAAGGAGCAUCGUAGACUGACGCCAUUGACGUACGACCGUAACAUCUUCCACAUUGAGUUUGACCUUGGCGACAGCGGAGUCAAAUACGAGAUUGGAGAGGCUUUGGGUAUCCAUGCGGAGAACGAUCCAACUCAGGUUGAGGAGUUCAUCAAGUGGUACGGGCUUGAUCCAGCUCAGAUUGUGGAGGUACCGUCCCGCGAGGAUCCUCAACUGUUGGAGAACCGCACUGUGUAUCAAGCUUUGCUCCAAAACGUUGACAUCUUCGGUCGCCCACCGAAGCGAUUCUACGAAGCGCUCAGCGAGUUUGCCGAUGAUGAGAAGGAGAGAACCGAACUCCUGAUGUUGGGUACUGGUGGCAACCAAGAAGCUGUGCUCGAAUUCAAGCGCCGCGCAGAAGUGGACACCAUCACCUAUGCUGACAUCUUGCUGGAAUUCAAGUCGGCGCACCCUGGCUUCCACGACAUUGUGCGCAUUGUCAAUCCGAUGAAGCGCAGAGAGUAUUCCAUCGCAUCCUCGCAAAAGGUCACUCCAAACAGUGUCAGCUUACUCAUCGUCACCGUCAACUGGGUCGAUCCCAAGGGCAGAGAUCGCUUUGGUCAAGCAACUCGAUAUCUCGAUAGCUUGCCCAUCGGCGCUCCUGUCACGGUGUCCGUGAAGCCAUCGGUCAUGAAGCUGCCGCCCAAGACCACGCAGCCCAUCAUCAUGGCAGGCCUGGGUACUGGACUUGCGCCCUUCCGUGCGUUCGUGCAAGAGCGAGCCUGGCAACGUGAGCAGGGCAUGCCGAUUGGUGAUGUCUUCCUGUACAUGGGUUCGCGACACAAACGCGAGGAGUACCUGUAUGGAGAAGAAUGGGAAGCAUACCAGGACGCGGGCAUCAUUACCUUGCUCGGAGCUGCAUUCUCUCGUGAUCAGCCGCAGAAGAUCUACAUUCAGGACCGUAUGCGACAGACACUGGGUGACAUCCGUCGCGCAUAUCUCCGAGAGGAGGGUGCUUUCUACCUCUGCGGACCGACUUGGCCUGUGCCGGACGUCACCAAUGUGCUCGAGGAGGCCGUUGAGACUGAGGCACGUGCUGAAGGCAAGAAGAAGAGUGGGCCAAAGGAGAUCGAGAGGUUCAAGGAGGAGCAGCGAUACAUCCUUGAGGUGUACUAGUUAUUUGAUGGUCACUCGUUGUUGCGACUAUAUAGAAUUGACUGAUAUGGCAUGAUUUGCAGUGGAGUAAAAA